AGGGAGAGGGAGAGAUAGAGGUAGAGAGAGAGAGUUUCACUUGCCUCGCCUUAGAAAGAGCACUUCGUCUUUACGUCUUUUCAUCGCAAGCAUAAAACAAACAAAGGAAACGAAUAAAAAAUGGGAGUGGAAGGUUGCACCAAAUGUAUCAAAUACCUGCUUUUCAUCUUUAAUUUCAUUUUCUGGCUGGCUGGAGGAGUGAUCCUCGGAGUGUCCCUGUGGCUCCGACAUGACCCCCAGACAAGUGAGCUGAUGGGAUUACAGCUGGAUGACAAGCCGGCUCCCAGCACCUUCUAUAUUGGUGCGUAUAUUCUGAUCACUGUGGGUGCUGUCAUGAUGUUCGUCGGGUUCCUUGGUUGCUAUGGCGCCAUCCAGGAGUCGCAGUGCCUGCUGGGAACGUUCUUUGCCUGCCUGGUGAUCUUGUUUGCCUGUGAGGUGGCUGCUGGAAUCUGGGGCUUCAUCAAUAAGGAUCAGGUCACUCAGGAAAUGAAGGCAUUCUACGACAGCGCUUACACCUCGGCCACUUUGCCUCCAUUGCUUGGAGACCCCCUUUCAGGGAAAAAGGAGAAAGCAGAGGGUGUUCUGAAGGUCUUCCAUGAAACGUUGCAAUGCUGUGGUACAAAUAAAGUGACGCAAACAAUCUUGCUGUCAAAAGGACUGUGUCCCAAAUCGGACACAUUUCUGAACCAGCUCACACAGAUCAGCUGUCACGGACGUAUUGAUGAACUCUUCACCACAAAGCUCUACCUAAUCGGGAUCGCUGCAUUGGUUGUGGCAGUUAUCAUGAUCUUCGAGAUGAUUUUCAGCAUGAUCCUGUGCUGUGGAAUCCGCAACAGCUCUGUCUACUAAACCUGAAGAAGACGACGGGUGUCCUUCCUUUACAUGCCAUAGAACAACCUAAGAAAAGUGUUUGCUUUCUUUUAUUUUGGAACAGUUUGCCGCUUGCUCUUAGUUUUCAAUCUUACUAAUUCAACAAGUAAAAAUCCCAAUUGUAAAGCUUUGUUAAUUUGUAGCCUUUCUCGUGUUACCAGCUGGGUAUUGCUCAAUGCAGGAGUCCAAGAAACCCACAGUAUGACCUCUUUAUUAUAUUUCUUUAUAGUUUUUCUUUUUUUUUUUUAAUCUGUAUGUUUAGGGUUUUAAAAGAAGUUUGAUUUGGGGGUUUAAAAUGCAUCACAAGGUUAGGUAAUCCACACUGAACCCAUGCUGUUUAUCAUGGUACAUUAAUCCCAUUUCUAAACCCUCAUUAGAAGUAUCUGUUUGCAGAACGUGCUGCCUGGUCAGCGGGGGACUUGGUGAAGUAUCCCCACAUCCAUUAGGAAUGAGGAAACUGAAUCUCGCUGAAGUUGGUCCAGGCUGAGCUGAUGCAAUGCUGCCCUGCUUCUUGGUUCUGGUCCCUGAUUCUUGCCUCGUGCAUUCAGUUGUUCUGUGUUAAAUGUAAUCUAUAGAGCCACUGUAGCUUUGUUGAGCUUAUAGAAGCAGCAAUGCAGCCUCUGUGAUGGAAGUCCUUAAAGAAAUUGAGCGCAUGCGGGAUUCAAGCAAGCAGCAUGUGUGUGUGAAGGAGAUGGGGAUAUACAGUCAGGCAAGCUUGUAGGGUCACCUGGGGUUUCUGAGGAUCUUGCGCCAGCAAAAUGUAUGCUGGAAAGAAACCUGCCAUCAGUAUCAAAACGUGCAAGCCUUUGCAAUAGAUAUUGUACACUAUCAAAAACAGACACCAGCAGUGUUGUUUUGAACCCCUAGGCAGUGCUAUAGUAUUAGGUCACUUUUAUACAGAAGCGCACCCUUGUGGAUUGGGAUGGCAUUGCAGCCUUUGUUGCGUGUGUGUAGCUGAUAUACAGGAAAAAAAAAAAAAAAAAAAAUGUACCUAAAUCAGUUUGUUGUGUGGUUGUUAAAUUCAUCGAUGGCAAGCCUGGCUCAUUAACACAUAGAAUCUAUGCAUAUUCAAGACUGUAACGUAUACAGCUAUCUAAAAUUGUAAUGUAAAAAAUGUAAGCUGGGUUUUUUUUGUUUUUUUUUAGUAUUUUUUCUGGUACUGUGUUAUUAAAAAAAUUAAAAAGAGCAUGGAUUUUAGUCCGGCUGGGUUGGUUUUGAAUAAACUCCCUUUAUUCUCCUUGUGACUAGACUGUGGGUGUAUCAGUGCUUGAACCUCCAUCUGCACUGCGGCCCUGAACUCUAACCACUGAGCUAAUCGCGCUCUGCACUGCAUGAAACCACUGGCUUCCCGUUCCAGCUUGAUUAUCGGAGGAUGUCCAAGGCGGCGCUUUGCCACUACCUAAUCCCUAUUCUAGCGAAAGCAUCCCAUUUCUACCAUAGCCCUCUCUAGUGAACGGUCACCGGCCUCUUGCAGGUGUCAGUUUUACCUUGUCCUAAUUCUUUGUGCUAUUUCCAUUCUCACAUAGAGAUCCAGCAUGUGCUUUAAAACACAAAUGUAAAAAAACACCCCCCCAAAAAACCCAGAGAUCUUCAGAACAAACCCAAUCUGCCAUCUAAAAAACCAAGCUCCUUGAUUUUUUGUUUGUUGUUUUUUGUUUAUUUUCCAUAUAUUUAGGAUUAAAUGUAUUUUACAAAUAAUGCAUGCCAGUGAUUGCUAUUUCUUCAGUUGUCUUCUGUGUACUGUGCGUAUAAUGCAUUGCAUUAAGAAUGCAGGGGUUCUUGAAAAGGUUAACACGUUUUAAUUGACCUCCCUGCUCAAAACGUUAAAUAUCUAGGAGAUAUACCUCCAAAAUACAUUGGAGAUGAUGAGUGCCGAAUUCAAGCUGUUUUUGCAGCUUGUCCUACUGCCUUUCUGAUAGGUCUAACACGCGUUUAAAUCUUUCGAAAAUAGAAAACUUAUAGAGGUAAAACACCUGUUCAUUUUAUAACACUAGAACCAAACACUUCUUAAGUAAUAUUUGUCCAGUUAUUUUAAUGUGUUUUGUUUUUUUUUUUCAUUUUGAAACAUUAACGUUUUUGGUUUUCUUUCCAAAAAGAAAGGAGCAGGAAACACAUUGAAAAUAUGGCUCCAAGCUAAAACCGCCCUGAACAGAACAGUGUCCUAAAAAUGUCCUAAAGAGGAUGGACUGGUCAAAACCUUGAUUUACACACAGAGGUGAACACAAAUAACUCGAUAAAGCAAGCCAAAUUCAAAACCCAUCUGGUUACACAUGCUCCUGUGAAUUUCUUGAGCGCUGUCUUUGUUGCAAACACCCCGUGCUAGAGGUGAAUAGUUAGUGUAGAAAAUGAAUACAUUUCAAAACAACUGGACUACAUGGAAAAAUGAAAAACAAAAAAAAUAUAUAUUCCAUAUAUGUUUGAUAUAUUUAAAAUAUAAGUAUGUAUUGUAAAGCUAUAUAUUUUAAAUGUGUAGUGUAAUUUCUAAAUAUAUCAUUUGUUGAUUUUUUACUUCAUAUGAAAUUAUCAUUUUAAACAUUUUAGUUCAUAUGAAAAUCAUUGUUAAAGGAACUUAAAAUACACUUCCCAGAGAGGUGACCUCCUUGGCUGCAGAUAUUUUUGCAAGCGAGUUGAGACCCAGUAUUGUGAGAGUAUUUGGUCUCUGUACUGCGGUAGAUAAGGAGAGAGCUGAUCUGGUACCGCCACCAACCACAGAAUGUGUUAUAGGGUUACACCCUGUGUGCCCCGACCUCAUUUCCAUUGUGAAGGCGAAUGCAAAAAUCGGAUGAAAAGAGCAAAACCUAGCCAGGCCUGUCUCAUGUGAUCAGAGACAGAACUAAUGCUUUUAUUUGCAUGAAUGGGAUUCUUAUUAACUAGAAGCCAGACAAUAAUGAUUGCUUUAAGGGGCACACCCACUUCAAACAAUGCAGAGAUGCCAAACCCCCACAGCAGAAACAAGCUUGGUGCUCCUCCUGCUGCGGCUGUGCAGGGAACGUGUGCCAGUGCAAAGCCACUGAUCACAGGUGAAGAGCCUUUCUUCUUCUCCAACCUGGCUCCCUGCUAAUUUUUUGAUCCAUUACAUUUACUACAAAAUAACUGUAAGUUCCUUUUAAAAGCUAGGGAGGAGUCACCCUUUACAUGAAGUUAUAACCAGUAAUCUAACUAGAGUGACCAUUGGGAAAUUCAGAUUACAGCGGAGUAUAGGGCUGAGUUACAAACCACUGACUCAACUACAUGAGCCCAAAGUAUGGUUUAAGGCUUUAUCCAAGCAUGCCGUAAGUAAUACGAGAAACAGUUAUUGAAGUCAGUACAGUGCCAGGCUGCGAUGUGGAGAUCAGUGUGGACCUGUGUUUUUAUCAGCCUAUUACAGUCUCAAGUGUAACUCUUGGUGAUCUGCAUCGUUUAUUAGAUGAUCGAUUUUAUUUGUGCUGCUCGCGAUCGGUGAGUUGUAGCACCAGUCGAUUUUGAUCAUCAUCUCUUUCAUGACUUGACUGCGUGUCCGAUUUGAGCUGACAUGAGAAAAUCUGACACCCUCUGACACUGCUCGCCCAAAAACAGUGCCUAGGGACGUUGAUCAUUCCCCAGUGUUAACAGCUGAAACAGUACCUAGGGACGUUGAUCAUUCCCCAGUGUUAACAGCUGAAACAGUGCCUAGGGACGUUGAUCAUUCCCCAGUGUUAACAGCUGAAACAGUGCCUAGGGACGUUGAUCAUUCCCCAGUGUUAACAGCUGAAACAGUGCCUUUCUUUUUAAACUGCGUGUCAAAUUCAGAAUGUGUCUUGGUCUAGGGGAGAUGGACUGGAUAGGGAAGUGUUGGAGAGGACCUGGGAUGAGACAGACCCACACAGAAGGAACCCACAGCAAAACUCAAAUAGGAAUCUGAAACAUGCACACUUUGUCAGCCCUUGAGCAGUCAGCCCUGAUACUCUGCAGUUAAAAUCUGAUCUUAAUAAACACAGGUUAUGCCAUUCAUCUAUUGACUGCCAGGCUCUAUGCAACAGCUGAGGCACCCUGCCUGAUACUUUAACUAGUACAGGACUAGAUAACAUUACAAAACAAUAUGCAUUUAUGUGCUUCUUUCAAAACUGCCAUGUGUGAGACAGAACCGGAAUGGAAUUAUUAAUUAAUUAACCCCUGUUCAAAUAUUGGACCUAAAAUUCUACAUCCCCUCCCGAAGGCAGAGCAACAUUUGUCGGGCAGAUAAACCAGCCCGCUGCUGUCCAGUCUAUCUCUCCUGGACUGUCUCACCUGUCAGGGGCUCAUCACAUGGCAGUCACUCAGAUUCAUUCCUGUACAGAGCAUGUGCCUGCUGUUGGUGAUUGAAUAUCAUACGCAUUUGUACACUGUGGUGCUUUCCUUCUUCUGUGUGAAUACAGUGUGUAAUACAAUAAUAAAGAAUAAAUAACACUUGGCAAAGA